CACCGCUGGGUCCUGGAGCCAGAGGCCGCCCGCGACAGAGCGCGAUGGACCGAGGGCCCCAGCCGGGGAGGCGCCGCGGCGGAGUCCGCGGCCAGACGCCCCCGCAGUAGCGUCCGCGCGAGCGCCGCGGCCCCGCGUGAGCUUCUGCACGCCGAGGGCGGGCUUGUAUCCCGCCGGCCCCGCACUCACCGCAGCCUACAGUCCGCGCGCCGACGCCGCCUUCCCGCCCGGGCCGCGCGGCCCGGGAAACGCGGCCGCGGGCUGCAUGGGCAGCUCCCGCGCCCGGCCGCCGUUCCGCCGCGGAGCCGCGUCGCCCUCGCAGCCGGAGCACACUGCCCUGCUGGAGUUCACACCCAGUCCUGAGCAACACUGACUUUUGCCAUGGAAUCUACAGUUGAUGAUGAAGCAAUAGCAGCAUAAAUGAAGAUCAAGUAAGGGAGGAGAACGAUGCCCAAGAGUGGGUGUUCUAAAACACCACAGCAAGAAGACUUCUCUCUCAGUAACGACAUGGUGGAGAAACAAACUGGGAAAAAGGAUAAAGAUAAAGUUUCUCUAACCAAGACUCCAAAGCUGGACCGCAGUGAUGGAGGGAAGGAGGUGAGAGAACGAGCCACCAAGAGGAAGCUGCCCUUCACCGUGGGGGCCAAUGGAGAGCAGAAAGACUCGGACACAGAGAAGCAGGGUCCUGAGCGGAAGAGGAUCAAGAAGGAACCUGUUGCCCGAAAGUCCGGGCUAUUGUUCGGCAUGGGGCUGUCUGGGAUCCGAGCUGGAUACCCUCUCUCUGAGCGUCAGCAGGUGGCUCUGCUCAUGCAGAUGACUGCCGAGGAGUCUGCGAAUAGUCCAGUAGACACAACACCAAAGCACCCUUCCCAGUCUACAGUGUGUCAGAAGGGGACCCCCAACUCUGCCUCAAAAACCAAAGAUAAGGUGAACAAAAGAAAUGAACGAGGAGAGACGCGCCUGCACCGAGCAGCCAUCCGAGGGGAUGCCCGGCGCAUCAAGGAGCUCAUCAGCGAGGGCGCCGACGUCAACGUCAAGGACUUCGCAGGCUGGACUGCACUGCAUGAGGCGUGUAACCGGGGCUAUUAUGACAUCGCCAAGCAGCUGUUAGCCGCUGGUGCUGAGGUGAACACUAAGGGCCUGGAUGACGACACGCCUUUGCAUGAUGCCGCCAACAACGGGCACUACAAGGUGGUGAAGUUGUUGUUACGGUAUGGCGGAAAUCCUCAACAAAGCAACAGAAAAGGCGAGACACCGUUGAAAGUAGCCAAUUCCCCAACGAUGGUGAAUCUCCUGUUAGGCAAAGGCACAUACACUUCCAGUGAGGAGAGCUCUACUGAGAGCUCUGAAGAAGAGGAUGCCCCAUCAUUUGCACCUUCCAGCUCCGUCGAUGGCAAUAACACAGACUCUGAGUUUGAGAAAGGCCUCAAGCUUAAGGCUAAGAACCCAGAGCCCCAGAAAACUGUGACCCCUGUCAAGGACGAAUAUGAGUUUGAUGAGGAUGACGAGCAGGACAGGGUUCCUCCAGUGGAUGACAAGCACUUGCUAAAGAAAGACUAUAGGAAAGAAGCUAAGUCAAACAGCUUCAUUUCAAUACCCAAGAUGGAAGUAAAGAGCUACUCAAAAAACAACUCGCUUGCACCAAAGAAGGCAGCCCAUCGCAUCCUGUCAGACACGUCAGAUGAGGAGGAUGUGAGUGUUUCCAUAGGGGCUGGAGAGAAACUGAGGUUGUCAGCACACACAAUGCUACCUAGCAGUAAGGCACGAGAGUCUUCUAGUUCUAGGCAGCAAAAAGAAAAAAAUAAAUUGAAAAAGAAGCGAAAGAAAGAAACGAAGGGGAAAGAAGUUCGGUUUGGAAAGAGGAGUGACAAGUUCUGUUCCUCUGGGUCAGAAAGUGAGUCCUCAGAGAGCGACGAGGAUGACGGGGACUCUGUGGGGAGCUCAAGCUGCCUCAAGGGGUCCCCGCUGGUGCUGAAGGACCCUUCCCUGUUCAGCUCAUUGUCUGCCUCCUCCACCUCGUCUCAUGGUAGUGCCGUGGCCCAGAGACACAGCUCCGGCCACGCUGACCAGCACACAAAGCACUGGCGCACUGACAACUGGAAAGGCAUUUCCUCCCCAGCCUGGUCUGAGGUUAGUUCUUUGUCAGACUCCUCAAGGACGGGACUGACCAGUGAGUCUGACUCCUCCUCCGAGGGCUCCAGUGUGGAAUCUCUGAAGCCUACAAGGAGGAAGCAGGAACACCGUAAAAGGGGAGGGCUACAGAGCAUGGCAUCAGAGAAGAGAGGCACCUUCCACCCCUGUGCAGAUGGAGCUGUCCCCAAGCUGGACAAGGAAGGGAAAGUAGUCAAAAAACACAAAACAAAACACAAACACAAAAACAAGGAGAAAGGACAGUGUUCUGUCAGCCAAGAACUUAAACUGAAAAGCUUUACCUACGAAUAUGAGGACUCGAAGCAGAAGUCAGAUAAGCCCAUCCUUUUAGAGAGUGACCUUUCCUCUGAAAAUAAGCUGAAAGUACUGAAACACGACAGAGACCACUUUAAGAAAGAAGAUAAACUUGGUAAGAUGAAGUCGGAGGAGAAAGAGUGGCUCUUUAAGGACGAGAAGGUCCUGAAGAGGAUCAAGGAUGCGAACAAAGACAUCAGCAGAGCUUUUCGGGAAGACAAAGACCGCCCCAGUAAAGCAGAGAGGGAGAGGUCCACGAAGGAGAAGUCUCCGAAGGAAGACAAGCUGAGACUGUACAAAGAAGAAAGGAAGAAGAAGUCCAAAGACCGGCCUUCCAAGCUAGAAAAGAAGAACGACGUCAAAGAGGACAAGGCUUCCAAGGAGAAGGAAAAGGCCUUCAAAGAUGACAAAGAAAAGCUCAGAAAGGAAAAGCUGUACAGGGAAGACACUGCUUUUGAUGACUACUGUAACAAAAGCCAGUUUCUGGACCAUGAGGACACCAAGUUCAGCCUCUCUGAUGACCAACAAGAGAGGUGGUUUUCUGACCUGUCUGAUUCCUCUUUUGAUUUCAAAGGAGAGGACAGCUGGGACUCAGUGACAGACUAUAGAGACAUCAAGAGUGACUCGGUGGCCAAACUUAUCCUGGAAACCGUCAAAGAAGACAAUAAGGAAAAGAAGCGUGACAACAAAACCCGGGAGAAGCGGGAUUUCAGAGACUCUUUCUUCCGAAAGAGAGACAGGGACUGUCUAGACAAGAAUUCUGACAAGAGGAGAGACCAAACAGAAAAGCAUAAAAGCAUCCCCAGCUAUCUCUCUGAAAAAGACAAGAAAAGGCGAGAGUCUGCAGAAGGGGGCCGGGAUAGGAGGGAUACCCUAGAGGGCUCCCGGGAGCGGAGGGAUGGGCGGACUCGGUCUGAAGAGCUGCACAGGGACGACCUAAAAGAGUGUGGGUGUGAGAGCACCUUCAAGGACAAGGCAGACUGUGACUUCUCCAAGAACCUGGAGCCCUGGGAAAGGCCCCAUGCAGCUCGGGAAAAAGAGAAAAAGGAUGCCCUAGAAAAGGAGAGGAAGGAAAAGGGCAGGGCAGAAAAGUACAAAGAGAAGUCCAGUGAGAGGGACAGAGGCGAAAAGUCUGUUCUCGAGAAGUGUCAGAAAGACAAAGAAUUUGAAAAAUGCUUUAAAGAGAAGAAAGAUGUCAAGGAAAAACAUAAAGAUAUCCACAGCAAAGACAGAAAAACAUCCUUUGACCAACUGAGAGAGAAGAAAGAGAAGGUGUUCUCUAGCAUCGUGUCAGAAGACUUCUCAGAGAGAAAGGACGACAGGAAGGGGAAAGAGAAGAGCUGGUACAUGGCAGACAUAUUCACAGACGAGAGCGAGGAUGAGAAGGAGGAGUGCGUGGCCAGCAGCUUCAAGGUUGGAGAGGCCAGCGACACACAGCGAGCCGAGAGCCUCCAGGAGAAGGAAGAUGGACGAGAACACCCCUCAGAUAGGCACAGAAAGUCCUCUUCUGACAGGCAGCACACAGAAAAGCCAAGAGACAAAGAGCCCAAGGAAAAGAAGAAAGACAGAGGAGCUGCGGACGGGGGGAAGGAUAAGAAGGAGAAGAUGGAAAAGAUCUUUGAGAAGCACAAGGAAAAGAAAGAUAAAGAGUGUGCAGAGAAAUACAAGGACAGGAAAGACAGAGCCUCUGUUGACUCUGCCCAAGAAAAAAAAAAUAAACAGAAGCUCCCUGACAAGGUAGAAAAGAAGCAUUUCCUUGAAGACAAGGCAAAGAGUAAACACAAGGAGAAGCCAGAGAAGGAGCACUCCCGGGAGAGAAAGUCUUCACGAGGCCCUGAUGUGGAGAAGAGCCUGCUGGAGAAGCUGGAGGAAGAGGCUCUGCAUGACUACCGGGAAGACUCCAAUGACAAGAGCAGUGAGGUCUCCUCCGACAGCUUUGCUGACCAUGGUCAGGAACCCAGCCUGGGCACGCUCCUGGAAGUGUCCUUCUCUGAGCCCCCUGAGGACAAGGCCAGGGAAAGUACCUGCCUCUCAGAGAAACUGAGGGAGAAGGAGAGGCACCGGCAUUCUUCAUCUUCCUCUAAGAAAAGCCAUGAGCGUGAGAGAGCCAAGAAAGAAAAGGCAGAAAAGAAGGAGAAAAGCGAAGACUACAAGGAUGGCAUCAGCAGCAUCAGGAAGGACGCCGGCCAGUAUGAGAAAGACUUCCUAGAUGCAGAGGCUUAUGGCGUUUCCUACUCCACAAAAGCUGACAUGGAAGAGGAGCUAGAUAAGGCUAUUGAAUUGUUCUCUUCAGAAAAGAAAGACAGAAAUGAUUCUGAAAGAGAACCCGCCAAGAAAAUAGAAAAGGAAUUAAAACCGUACGGGUCGAAUACCAUCAGCAUCCUUAAAGAGAAGAAGAAGAGAGAGAAGCAUAGGGAGAAAUGGAGGGAAGAAAAGGAGAAACACAGGGACAAACAUAUAGAUGGGUUCCUAAGGCAUCACAAGGAUGAGCCAAAGCCUGCCGCCAAAGACAAGGACAACCCUCCCAACUCCUUCAAGGAGAAGUCCAGAGAUGAAAGCCUGAAGCUCAGUGAGGCCAAGCUGAAGGAGAAAUUCAAGGAGAACACAGAGCGAGAGAAGGGCGAGUCCGUGAAGCUGAGCAACGGGAACGACAAACUCCUGCCAUCCAGAGACGCAAGCAAGAAAGACAGCAGGCCCCGGGAGAAGCUCCUGGGAGACGGCGACCUCAUGAUGACAAGUUUUGAGAGGAUGCUGUCCCAGAAAGAUCUUGAGAUCGAGGAGCGGCACAAGCGGCACAAGGAGCGCAUGAAGCAGAUGGAGAAGAUGCGGCAUAGGUCUGGAGACCCCAAGCUCAAAGAGAAGAAGCCCGCGGAGGACGGGCGCAAGAAGAGCCUGGACUUUGCUUCCAAGAAGGCUCUGGGGCUAGACAAAAAGGUCAAGGAGCCGGCUCCUGUGCUGCCCACUGGGGAAAGCAAGCCACACUCUGGACCAGUUACAGAGUCCAAAGACUGGCUGGCUGGACAGCCCUUGAAGGAGGUUCUGCCUGCUUCACCCCGCACUGAGCAGGGCCGACCCACUGGGGUGCCCACACCCACCUCAGUAGUGUCGUGCCCUAGUUAUGAAGAGGUGAUGCACACACCCAGAACCCCAUCCUGCAGUGCUGAUGAUUACCCUGACCUGGUGUUCGACUGCACUGACUCCCAGCACUCGAUGCCUGUCUCCACCACGUCCACCAGCGCCUGCUCUCCGCCCUUUUUUGACAGGUUCUCUGUGGCUUCCAGUGUGGUUUCAGAAAAUGCAGGCCAGACACCCACCAGGCCUAUCUCCACAAACCUUUAUCGCUCGAUAUCUGUGGACAUCAGAAGGACACCAGAAGAGGAGUUCAGUGUUGGGGACAAGCUGUUCAGGCAGCAGAGUGUCCCUGCACCGUCUAGUUUUGGUUCCCCAGUACAGCAUUUGCUGGAAGAAAAAGCUCCUCUGCCACCCGUUCCUGCAGACAAGUUUGCCUGCCUGUCCCCUGGGUACUACUCCCCAGACUAUGGUAUCCCCUCACCCAAGGUGGACACUCUACACUGUCCACCAACAGCUGUGGUCAGUGCCACACCACCCACAGACAGCGUCUUCUCCAACCUACCACCAAAGUCUUCCCCUUCCCCUAGAGGUGAACUGUUGACCCCAGCCAUUGAAGGGGCUCUGCCCCCAGAUCUAGGCCUACCUCUGGAUGCCACAGAGGACCAGCAGGCCACAGCUGCCAUCCUUCCCCCAGAGCCCAGCUAUCUAGAGCCCCUGGAUGAGGGCCCCUUCAACACAGUCAUCACUGAGGAGCCUGUUGAGUGGACACACACUGCUACUGAGCAGACCCUUUCCCCCACCCUUAUUGCUAGUGCCUCUGAAAACCCUGUCAGCUGGCCUGUCGGCUCCGAGCUUAUGCUAAAGUCUCCACAGAGGUUUGCAGAAUCCCCAAAACAUUUCUGCCCUGGAGAAUCCCUCCAUUCCACCAACCCAGGACCCUUCAGUGCUGCAGAGCCCACGUACCCUGUCUCUCCAGGAUCUUACCCUUUGCCGGCCCCUGAGCCAGCCCUAGAAGAAGUCAAAGAUGGUGGGACAGGAGCAAUCCCAGUGGCCAUCUCUGCCCCAGAAGGGGCUGCUCCUUAUGCUGCUCCUACUAGGCUAGAGUCAUUUUUCAGCAACUGCAAGUCACACCCAGAUGCACCCCUGGACACAGCCCCUGAGCCUGCAGGUGUUACUACUGUGGCUCAGGUAGAGGCCCUGGGUCCCCUGGAGAGUAGCUUCCUAGACAGCAAUCAUAGCAUAUCUGCCCUCAACCAGGUGGAACCAGUGGCGUGGCACGAAGCCUUUACCAGCCCUGAGGACGACCUCGACCUGGGGCCCUUCUCACUGCCAGAGCUUCCUCUCCAGGCCAAAGAUGCUUCAGAUGUUGAGGCAGAAACUGCAGAGGCCAGUCCUGUUCCUCCAGUGGAGAGCCCUCCAGGUCCCACAGGGGUUCUCAGCGGAGGCGAUGUCCCUGCCCCAGCAGCUGAGGAACCGCCAGCCCCACCUCCUCAGGAAGCAUCACCUCAGCUCUCCACAGAGCCCGAGUCCUCAGAGGAGCCAAAGCUAGAUGUAGUUUUAGAAGCUACAGUGGAAACAGAGGUCCUGGCAGAUGACAGCGCCCCUGAAGCCUCAAUCUCCAGUUUGGUGCCGGCACCUAGUCCCCCUGAACAGCAUCCUCCAGGAGGUGGUGGUGAAGAGACUGAAGCUGAAGAUCCUUCUGCUCCUCCCUGCUGUGCACCUGACGGACCUCCCACAGAUGGCUUGGCACAGGCACACAACAGUGCAGAGGCCACCUGUGUUGUGCCUGCGGCUGAGGGGCCCCCAGGCAAUGGUCAGCCAGAAGCUACAGACCCAGAGCCCAAACCUACAUCUGAGGUUCCUAAGGCCCCCAAGGUGGAAGAAGUUCCUCAGCGCAUGACCAGGAACCGUGCCCAGUUGCUGGCAAGCCAGAGCAAGCAGGGCAUACCUGUAACAGAGAAGGACCCAAUGCCUGCCCCAGCCUCUAGAGCCAAGGGUCGUGCCUCUGAGGAGGAGGAUGCCCAGGCCCAACACCCCCGCAAGCGGCGCUUCCAACGGUCUAGUCAGCAGCUGCAGCAGCAGCUGAACACAUCUACCCAGCAGACCCGGGAGGUUAUCCAGCAGACGCUGGCAGCCAUUGUAGAUGCCAUAAAACUGGAUGCCAUUGAGCCCUACCACAGUGACAGGUCCAACCCAUACUUUGAGUACCUUCAAAUCAGAAAGAAGAUUGAAGAGAAACGAAAAAUCCUCUGCUGCAUAACUCCACAGGCACCCCAGUGCUAUGCUGAGUACGUCACCUACACGGGGUCCUACCUCUUGGAUGGCAAGCCCCUCAGCAAGCUGCACAUCCCUGUGAUUGCACCCCCUCCCUCUCUAGCGGAGCCCCUGAAGGAGCUGUUUAAACAACAAGAGGCGGUGCGGGGUAAGCUGCGUUUGCAGCACAGCAUCGAGAGGGAGAAGCUGAUUGUGUCCUGUGAACAAGAGAUUCUUCGAGUUCAUUGCCGGGCAGCCAGGACCAUUGCCAACCAGGCAGUACCGUUCAGUGCAUGCACAAUGCUCCUGGACUCAGAGGUCUACAACAUGCCUCUGGAAAGUCAGGGGGAUGAGAACAAAUCUGUGCGAGACCGCUUCAAUGCCCGCCAGUUCAUCUCCUGGCUGCAGGACGUGGACGACAAGUACGACCGCAUGAAGACAUGUCUGCUGAUGCGGCAGCAGCACGAGGCUGCAGCCCUCAACGCCGUGCAAAGGAUGGAGUGGCAGCUGAAGGCCCAGGAGCUGGACCCUGCUGGGCACAAGUCCCUGUGUGUAAAUGAGGUGCCAUCCUUCUACGUGCCCAUGGUUGACGUCAACGAUGACUUCGUGCUAUUGCCAGCAUGACACUCAGAGGAAGGUCACAGGACACAAACAAGGGCCACAUAGGUCGCCCAGUGCUGCCGAUGAGUCCCGGCAGCGGAGGAGGGAGCACCACGUCCAUCAAGUGGGAGGAGCCCAGAGACUGCACCUGGCCGUAUGUCUCCCCUCCAGAUGCCAGGGAGGUAGAAUGCAUCUCUUUUUACCAGUUGCUGUGGGGAGCACGAGGCCCAGACACUGCAGAGCUUUGCCAGGCCUUUGGGACAAGGAGACCGUGGCCACAGACAAGGUGGCUCUGUCUCAGCCAUGCCCUCUGGGUUUUCUUCCAGCUGAUGACAGGGCACUAGAGGAGUCGCAGAGCAGAGUGUGUUUUUUAAUUCCUCGUUCCAUUCUGAUCAACUAAUGGAAAAUAGACUAAGGCGUCCACCUCACGUAAGCAGUGACCUCCAGGUCAGAGAGGCAGGAAAGUGCUGUCCCGCCAUGGUCCCCGGGACAGGAUUGGACACUGGUGCCGGCAGGGGUCCGGCUGCUGCCUGCCUGGACACAGGGACGCAGCCAGGACUCUCCGAUAGUGUUUUUAAUGGAGUCAAAUCCACGUGGUUUGUAUAUUUUUCCUUUAAUCUUGGGCAUUUUGUUUCUCUUUCUGAGAACGUAACUUGAAACACUACAGAGCCAAUAAUCCUAUAGAGUGUAUCCGCAAACCUGUACAGUUUUAUAUACAUUCACAAUGUACUUUUGCUGCCUUCUAGAUAAUUUAUUUUGCAACACAUUACUGCACAGUUGUAAAUAACUUAUGUACUGUAACAUCACUUUCAGUUAUGUGUAAAGAAAUAAAUAAAUUAAUUAAAAUGUUC